AUGGGCAACAACGCGUCCUUGCACGAGUCCUGCCGGACGGGCGACCUCGACGGCCUCGCGUCGCUGCUCGCGUCCUCCGAGAUGGCCGACGUCGAGAAGGCCGACGAGUAUGGGCGGACCGCGCUCCUCGUCGCGGCUGGGAGCGACCCGGAGGUCAAGAGCCCGAGCCCGACGCCACAGGCGCUCGAGUCGGACGCGAUCAAGGCCGCCACCCACUCGGUGCAGCACGAGAAGAAGCAGAUCGUGCUCGAGAUGAUCAAGAUGCUCGUGGCGAAAGAGGCGAACCUCGACCACCGCGAUGAGAAGGGCUGGACGGCCUUGCACCACGCGUGCCAAGCGCAGAACGACGUGGCGAUCGUGUACCUGCUGCAGCUCGGCGCGAUGCCCACGCGCGACGCCCUCGGCCUCCUUCCCCAGGACUUUUUGCUGCACAAUGGCUACCCCGACUCGAUCCAGCACGCCGAAGACCUCCACGCUGUCCUCACUCGCGUCACCGAACCAACCUCGUACAAGAUGAGUCUCUUGAGUCUGCGCUCGAGCGGUAUCGCCGAGAUCCGCCUCGGCGCCCACCUCGAGAAGGGUUCUGUCGUCACGGUCGAGUUUGACAUUCCCGACAACCAUUCGCCAAAGGACUAUGUCCAGCUGCUCAUCUACAACGAAGAAGGCGACCAAAACAUCGACGUUGGGCCCACGCAGCUCGUGCCACCCGGGACCAGCGGCCAAGUGGCCUUCAAGUGCGACUACGGGUCGCCUCCAUGCAUUUACCGCUUCGUCUACGUCAAAUGCGAUAUCAACGCGAUCUCGCGCGUCGUCGUCGCCAGCGGCUGCACCGCGUCCGUGCAAACGUCGGUCGGCGAAGUCUUCCAAUACGAGCUGUACCUCUACGACCGCGUCGUCGAAGUUGAGAGCGUCACCGAGUAUGAGUUUUUCGAUCAGCCCACCAUCGCGCUCAAGCGCAUUGGUCUCGUGCAAGGGUCACCCGACGACAUUGACUGGAUCGACGUGCUGCCCGAGAAUCACAUUGUUGCCGUCAACGACGUGGUGAUCGCCGGUAUGAGCUUUGAAGCCGCGAUCCGCCAGCUGCAGAUGAACAAUGGCACCAAGUGCACCAAGCUGCUCAUGCAAAACUCGGUCGCGAUCGGCGACUUCAUCCAUGAGAAGAUCCUCGGCGUCGGUGUCAUUGGCAAGUACGCGAGCUUGCAACCGGUCGAGCUACCCGACGAUGGCUUUGCGCUGGCACCGACACCGACGACGGAACCCGAACUGCCGCCAACCGAGGUGCAGGAUGCCGAGGUACCGGUGCUCAACAAACCGGGUCCGAGCGACAGCGCCGUGUCGGACGACUUUUAUGAUGCGAUGAGCCCGACGUCGUCGCUGCAGGCGCCGUCGUCGCCGCUGAACGGUGUCGCGACGGCUUCGACGCUGCCCAAUACGAUGCAAAUGGUCGGCGAGAUGUUUGAGGGCAUUGCAGUCUCGUCCAAGACCUAAGUCCACGAACUAGAUGUAUAUAUUACUGCACGGUA